AAGCCCUCAACCACCCAUCAUCCCUCCCCUCACAAAGAACCAAUCUCAUCUCUGGAUUGGAGAGGCUCUCGUUCCUUGGCACGCGGCAUAAAACCUGCUGCCACUGAGUACCCGGGCACUAUGCAUCUGGUAGGUGCCAUGGCAGGUUGUCGGGGGUGCCCAGGUGCCCUGGCGGUCCUGGCGCUGCUUCUCUUGGGGGCUGCUGCAGAGACCAAGGGCGGCCUGAAGAAUGGCUCCAUCAUUGAGGUGUCCAACGGGGGUCCUCGGGGAGCCUGGGCUUGGCAGGAGAUGUGUGCUCCAGGGACCUUUGUCACCGGAUUCAGCCUCAAGGUGGAACCCUAUCAGGGUUCCCUCAAAGACGACACGGCAGUGAACGGCAUCCGUCUGUUCUGUACCCGUGGUGGGAGAGAGCAACGCCUGGAAACGAACCCUGUGGAAUCCCAGAGUGGCCCGUGGGGGCGCUGGUCAGAGCCCCUCUGGUGUUCCUCCGGCCACUACGUGCAGGGGUUCUCCUUGAAGGUAGAGCAGCCCCGGUCAACCGCCCAGGAUUACAUGGGAGUCACCAACAUCCGCUUUGCUUGCUCAGAUGGGCAGAUCCUGGAGGGCGACGGUUUGCGCUGGGGGCAGUAUGAGGAGUGGAGCCCCCCCUGCGGGAAAGGUCUGUGUGGGAUCCAGACCAAAGUGGAGCCACAGCGUGGGGGCCUGAAGGAUGACAGCAGCGUCAAUGAUGUCCGCUUCCCCUGCUGUGCCAACUGAGGUCAUCAUCCUGUGUAGCGAGGGCACAGCGCCGCCACCCCCCUCGGCCCCCCUCCCCUGCCACUGUCACCACAAGGAGUGAGAAGCAUUGGCUGCCUCGAUCUCCCUCCCUCCCCCCCAGGCCCAGGAUCCUUUCUUCAGGCAGUCUGGGAGGGGAAUUUCUCUCUCCCGAAUCUUGAAAGUCUCCAGAAGGAUCUCACACUUCACCCUUUCCAUCAAGUCCCCAGAAGCAACCCCACCUCUUGCGAAAGAACAAUAAAUACAAGAGUGCCUCUUGA